CGUCCAUUACAAACUGCCGAUCCCAGUUGGCCACACAGUGGCUGUCUCUAAAGAGUAGUGUGGGAUUCAAUAUCAUGUGGUUCUCAUUUCUAUUGAACACCACUGAUUUCUCAAGGAAGUUGCUAGAAUUAAAAGACUAACAGACUAGUGGCUGGUGUUGCUGUUCAAAGCUCCACUUCUCCCGUGUGUGGAAGGAACAUCUCCAUCUUGAGGAACGAAGCCCAUUUAACUUAACUCCGGACUGAAAAGGAGGACAAAAAGAAAUGAGUGGCCAAUAGAAUGCAGAUUAAAGGGUGGCACUGUGUCCCAAGACCAUGGCUGGAUCGUUUACCCCCAUGGAACAUAGAAUCCAUUCAAGACCUGAAGAGUAUAGAAACUAGCUAUGGAAUUGUCACAGUGUGGGAGAGUCUUUGUCAGCUUUAUUCAGUCUGGGACCCCAACCAGGGAGAUGGUGUCACCCGUAUUCCAGCUUCAGCCUAUGAGUCUUUUGCAAGAUCACCUUCCGGGAAGGUUUCCCUGAAACCAGGAAAGACCUGACCGUUGAGCACGGGUUUAUAAUUUUCUACUGAGACAUUCAUUUGAAAGUUCCUUGGGAGCCAAGACCAUGCUCUCCCUAGUGACGACACAGCAGCUUCUCAGCACGUAUUUCUUCUGUGAGUCGGUAAAUGAAGGAGCUACAGCAAGGUCAUCUUACUGUGAAGGAGCACAUCCUGGGCACCAUUCACAGUAAUCUGAAGGACUCUGUCCCAUCAGGAGAGACCAAAGCAUUGCAACUCUCCAAGGUAACUGGGGAGUCAGGAGAAGGUGUGCUUCCAGGACUCUUCUGAAGCCGCCACUGCCCCAGUGGAGGUGGAAGUAAGCAGUUAGUGGCAAGUGGCUGAACAUAGCAGGCAGCUAGGAACCAAGGACUUAAUAUCACGACUGCUGAUAUUCUACACAUCAUGUUCAUACUGAGAAAUAGACAAUGAAGCCUUCUUUUUCCCACACCCUUUGCUUUACUUAUGCAAAGAUUAGGAACUUUUGCCUGGAGUGUUAUGUGAACAAACACUGUGACACUAAAUACCAGACUGUCUUAACAAGCCCACUCCAAGAUCCUACUGUGUGCUAAUUAUUGUGCCAGGCAUCUGGCUAGACAGGGAUAAAUGUGAAUUCCAGGAAAACAGCAGGAAUAUUUAGUGGAGCACACUCGACAAUGGCGAUGCAGUGUACAGUACAGCAACUUGUGGGCCACUUCCUAUCAAGUGUUCAUAGCAGCAUAAUGGUGUCCUGUGCUCUCAUGCGAUGGGCAGAACAAUCGACUCAUUACAGCUUCAUCAAAGACUGUUGGUGUGGACAAUCGACGAAGAUGAAGAGGUGGCAAGUGUGUCAAGACCUCAGGUCCAGCCCCUUUCAGGAAGAUGCCUUAACAGAUCAUUACAGAAUACUAGCAAGCCUUGGCCAGGGAGCAUUUGGGGAGGUCAAACUUGCUACCCAUCUCCUCACCCAUACAAAGGUAGCUAUAAAAGUUCUCCCCAAAAGCAAGAAAAGAAACAUGGUCAGAACUGAAAUUGAAAUCAUGAAAUCCCUCGACCACCCCCAUAUCAUUAAACUUUUACACAUAGUUGACACCAACAAAAACAUUUUCAUCGUCCUGGAGCACGCGGUGGGAGGAGAGCUGCUGACGAGGAUUGUGGAUUUUGGAUACUUACCCGAGGAGGAGUGCAACAGACUGUUUAGACAGAUUGUUUUAGCACUCCAGUACUGUCACCAGAGAGGGAUUGUCCAUAGGGAUAUAAAACCAGAAAACAUUUUAUUGGACCACAAAGGAAACGUAAAACUGAGCGAUUUCGGAUUGAGCACCAAGAUAGUCAUGGGUCAGAAGUUAAUAACAUUAUGUGGGACCCUCCCUUACUGUGCUCCAGAACUAUUUGAUUUUAAAGGAUACGAUGGCCAGGCAAUCGACGUCUGGAGCUUGGGAGUUGUUCUUUACUAUAUGGCUACAGGGUACCUCCCAUUUGAGGGAUUUACCUAUGAAGCAGUAAAGGAGAAAAUCUUGGCAGGAAAGUACUCCAUGAACUUCAGACUCUCACGAGAACUCUGGGAUGUAAUAUCCAAAUUGCUAUCUGUCAACCCUGGGGAAAGGCCAAGAGCCAAUGAAAUUUUAAGAUUGAACUGGCUUAAAAAUGAGAAUGAAGCUUCUCCCAGUUCAUUGGGAGGAAACACUGACAGCCACCCCGACCCCACUAUACUAGUCAUGAUGGGCGACAUGGGGUACGAACAAGGUCAAAUAAGGGAAAGCUUGAGGGAGCAAAAGUUUGACCAGGUAAUGGCUACUUACUUAAUGCUCAAACAGAAGGCAUGCUCGGAAGACAAGUCCAUCAAAAAGUCUCAUCCCACACAGAGUGCUCAAACUUUGCAAAGCACAGGGUCAUCCAUGGAAAACCAGACAAUUCUGAGUAGGGGAUCCAGUGAGCCUACCCUUACAACCUUCUAUUCGCCCAAUGCAUCAGAAAGUCUUAACAAGGGAAAAAUAACUACAAUGAGGCACACUAUGCCACCUAACUUGAACUGCUUCAACAAAUCAGAAAGUCUUAACAAGGGGAAAAGAACUAUAGUGAGGCACACUAUGCCACCUACCUUGAACUGCCUCAAGAAGAAUACAAGGCCAGUUCCAAGAAACUCCCCACGGCUUCACAAGUCUCUCGGCAUGAGGAGUGCCUGGGGAAAAACAGAAAGCAGGGACAGCUCGGAAGGUAGCUUGGAAAGAAAUUCUUCAGAUCCAUCACUGACAAACUUCUCCUCCCAAUCAUUCAUGAGUUCAUUCAAAUAUGGCUCUACCUAUUCAAAGAGGAAGGCAUUCUUACUAUCUUAUCAUGCCUCCCAGGAAGAAGACCAAUAUAAGACCACCAUCUUACCGAGUGGAAAGCUUAAAACAACUGUUCCACCAAACUCCCUUCAGGAGGACCAGUCCACAGGACACCUCCAUAAUGUGCUUACAGCUGGAGCAGUGGACAACAGGAACUUACAAGAGAAAUCACCACCAUUCUCCACCAUGGCGACCAAGGGUGAGGGUCCUGCUAUAAAAGAAAGAGAGUCCAUCCCAUCCUCCCCACGUGCUCCUCGGGAACAGUUCCGUGGCAGGAGUCAGACUCCACCCAGGGCCCCCUUUAGAAGGCGUGUCUGGAAGACCUUGAAGAGUGGCUUUCUAAAAGGACUGGGGAGUUUAUGUUGCUGUCUACCGAUCCAAAAGAAGGUACACCCCGCCAGCAACAGAGUCCCACCUAUGAAGUAAAAGGAGCCAUGGAGGCAGUCGUGGUAACAGAGCACUUGGAGGCACAGAGCUCCCUGCAAGAUACCAGAGCACGAAGAUCAAUUUGCUGAGCGCGCAGACAGGCACAGAAGAGAGCCAGAGUUGGGUGCCAGUCAGAAUUCAUCUACAUCACAGUCUGAAACUAAUGGACAACUCUUUCUGUCUGCAGAUUAAUAGUUGGUUUUCAUGAUGGCUGCUGGUUCCCUAAUUGUGCCUGCCAACUGAGGUGCUUCAUAGGGCUUAGAAAUGCUGAAAACAAGGUUACCAUGGCAUGCAUGUCAUCAUUAAGAACACAAGCCUUACAGGACUUUCCAGGCAUGGUGAGAUCAUCAGCUGCCGGUCUCCAGAUGGACCUGUGAGACCUUAGAAGAAACAAUGGGCAGUGGAAGCAGUGAAGGACCUCAGAGUGCCUGACCUGUAUGUGCAACAUAACUGUUGCUGACCAGAUUGGAGCCAGAAACAGAGCGAAGAUGGUGCACGGAUGGUCCAUCUAGCGCUCAUAAUGGAAGGAAGAGUUUACACUAACAGGAAAAAUGUGAUGUCGAACACGCCACUAUGCACACUAUGGCAGGGCAUCUCAGAUCAGGCACGGUGAAGCCCACCAUGUGUGUUUGAGUGGAGACAAGGGCAAGUCUGGAACAUUGGAUACUUGAAGUCUGAGCGGGAGCUGCUUCCGAGCAUGACCAUGGAUAAGCACGUGGGGAUGGAGAAACAACUAAGGCCCUCUGGUCUGAUGACAGGGGACUUCCUUUGCAGGGCUUAUGGUCUCCUGCCACCCCCCUCACCUGAGGAAACUCAGGGAAUUAAAUGGUCAGAUCUGUACUCCUCCUUACUCCCAUACUCACCUAUGCCCUGCCUUUCUUAUUUUCAACAGCAUCGAAUAAGAUCAAAGCUGUUUUCUCUCUGAUGCCCUGUAGGGAUGUUGCUGUCACUGCAUUUGUCUUCGGGCAUCAAGCCAAGUGCCUUUAUGGGGUGUUUGCCCUAUGACCCUGUGCUUCAGCUACCAAAGGACUCUUGAUCUCACACUCAACAAGGGACAGAGCCUGAGACCAGCUACAUCUGCAUGGUGCUUAGGGCAGCAGAUCCUCCUGAAGCCCUAUGCACUGGAUGGAAAGUCUCUUUGAUGUAAGAGGUCCCUGAUGAUGUGCAGAGAAGUAGCAAAAGAGAAGGAAGUCGCAUCGUCAGCCACCUGCACUGGAAGCGUCAUGGGAAGUAAACUGUGUCCUGCUCUCAGGAACACCCAGCAGUUUUCCCUGACUGUUUGUUGUGCAAGAAGAGUAGAUCAGUCGUGGUGGAGAACGUCCUCACUGGGAACAGUUCCUCUCUCCACCAGGAGUCAUGUGAUCCGUGUAAGGUGCAUCUCAGGUCACCUCCAUCCACCAACUCCACUUCUGUGUAAAUGGGGCAAGGAGAGUCAGUUGGUGUUAAUGCUCUCUCAAUCACUUAGGAAUUGACACCAUUUUCCCAGUAAAAAAAAGUCUCAAGAAAUAGUGCCAUAUGCAAGAUUAAGACAUAUAUAACACUGACAGAUACUGUACAGGGGCAGUGGGGAACACUUUUAUUGGGUGCCUUCUAAAGCCGUGGCAUCUACCAAUACCUACAGAAAUGAACCAUGAAGAUGGCCCAUAGAAAACAGUUCUGAUAUUGAAAGGUUAAACAGUUUCUGAUUUUAGGCAUUGUGGGCUCGAGGUAAUAUCGGCCAUUGAGGAUAUCCACGGAGAGCUGGGUUUAAGAUAUGCUUAGGCACAAGUGGAACCAAGAGUCUCGUAUGCUGCAAUCUGGACAAAUCUCUAUGGUGUAAACAACUCUGAAUAGAGAGGCUGUUUUUUUCUAGUAAACUUUCUCUGUUAGAACCA